GUUAGCGAGCCAGUCAGCGAGGCAUCUAUCCGGCGAACGCCAGCUGGCAAUCAGGCGGCUCGUCAGACAGCGUGAGCCAACGACCGUCGUUAGCAACGGUGCCUGCGAGAAUGACAGCUACGGCGAGCUUCGCCUGCCUCUCCGUCGCCGGUGCCUGUAACGCGUUGGCCCUGGUCCUGUUGCUGUUGAUACCGCUGCAAUGUGUGCCGGGAUCUCAGGCGUCUUCGCUUGCCGACAUGGAGAUGGAUUACGCGCACAGCCACUGCCGGAAGAUCGACCUGCCGCACAUCUACCGCAAGCCCGGUGAGCCCGUCUACUUCUCCAUGGAAGGCUCGUACGACCACUUCUACUACUGCAAAGAGCAGAGGGCCACGCGCGUCGACUGCACUCCCGACCUCGUGGACCAGAUUUGCACGAACACAGGUGCGCCUACUGGCACUGCUCUGCCGGUCAACAUUCAGAGCUGUACAGGGUUUCCCAACUAUCAUGCAGCAAGAUAUAGAAAUGUGCAAAUACCACGUAGCUCGACGGAACCAAGGUAAUGCUGUUUCUCGUCG